GACUUUCAACAGUCUGCCCGGGUUGCGCUCAAAGAGUUUGCUCGUCUCUGCAAAUGAAACGUUUCUUUCUUUUUGAGCACUCUGUUUGAAAUCAGUCGUGGCUUUUAAAAAGUUGCAUCAAUCAAACUAGGAUCCUGGUCGGUCCUGCAAGAACCAGCGACCUCGGCAGAACUACAACACAAAAAGGAAAAUGUCUGCAACAUCGCUCUUAUCCGCGUUCUACGACAUCGAGUUGCUUUGCAAGCAAACCGAGAAUUCUUUCAACAUGAACACUCUAACCCUGAACAGUAUGCUGGAGAAGCAACCCGUCGCUAUCGCAGCGAGUACUCCCAGCAGCACUAACUGCGCCUCUUACACCCCUGGGUUUAUCCGGCCAAACUCGAGCAGCAAUCUGCAGACUCUGGUCAAUUCCUCCAAGUACCCCAACAAUUCCUACAACAACAGUAAAGAGACCACGACCAGCAGCGGCAGCGCCACCACCACUGCACAGAUGAACAAGGAGAACCGGUUCCGGGACCGCUCUUUCAGCGAGAACGGAGAGCGCAGCCAGCAGCUGGAGGCGCAGAUUCAGCAGCAGAAAGCCGGCUCUCAUAUCAACUCCACCCGCUACAAAACCGAGCUCUGUCGGCCGUUCGAGGAGAGCGGCGCCUGCAAGUACGGUGAGAAGUGCCAGUUUGCCCACGGGUACCACGAACUCAGGAGCCUGUCACGCCACCCAAAGUACAAAACCGAGCCCUGCCGCACUUUUCACACCAUUGGCUUCUGCCCCUACGGACCACGGUGCCACUUUAUCCACAACGCUGACGAGAGGAGACCGGCCCCGUGCAAUGCAAACAGCGCCGUGCAAGGGCUCGCCCUGCAGGCGAACGAGCUGUGUGGUUACAUUCAGAGGGACGGCAUGCAGAGUUUCAGUCAAAGGGACAGACCAAAGCUACACCACAGCUUGAGCUUUUCAGGCUUUUCCAGCCAUCAUGGACCUGAAUCGCCCCUGGUGGAGAGCCCCACGUCCCGCACCCCUCCGCCCCCUUCCACGUCCUCCUCCUCCUCCUCUUCCUCCUCAUCUACGCUCUAUGAAGACAUGCUGUCCCCCAGCUCGCUGUCCUGUGCCAACAACGCCUUCUCUUUCCCCAGACAGGAGCUGCGGAACCUCCUCGCCCCUCUGGCUAUACAGACUCACAGCAGUGCCUAUUACACGAACCACCACGCCAACCUGUGCCCCCCUUCCCCGCCGUGCAACGUGAGUCACUUGCAGUCGCUGAGACGCCUGUCCGAGUCGCCCGUGUUCGACUCCCCGCCGAGCCCACCAGACUCCCUCUCGGACCGGGAGAGCUAUGCGAGCGGGUCCCGAAGCUCUUCUGGGAGUCUCAGCGGCUCCGAGUCGCCAAGCUUGGAGUCAGGAAAGCGUCUGCCAAUCUUCAGCAGGCUGUCCGUUUCAGACGAUUAGACACGGUUUCUUUUGAGUUCAAAAAGAAAUUAAUUUUUCUCUUCUAAAAUCCACCACCCUCCCUUUUGUGAGGACACCGGUAACACACAUACAAACAAAACUGACAGCAUAAAAAGGAGAACACAAAACAAUACGAGAUCAGUUUAAGACUUUUUGUAUUCGGGAAACAAUGUCAAAUGUUGUGGAUAUAGCAUUAGAUACCGUUUAUUCUUUGUAUUAAAAAAAAAAAAAAAUCCCAACAGAGGGCAUUCCAUCACCGCUACUUAACUAUAAACAGUGUAAAAAACAAAAAAACCCUGUAAACCUCGGUCUUUUCCAAGCAAGAAAAAAAACCCGAGUUUAAGGAAAGGCAAAAACAUCAGGUCUAUUCAAUCUGACUUAAAAAAAAAAAAAAAAAAAAAAAAGAAAUAAAAUGCAACAAACAUUCUGCCAAGAAUAUGCCUUUUUUUUUUUUUUUCCUUUUGUGUGAAAAAAGCUGAACUUCCAUUCCAAAACUUUUAUUGUCUGUUCUAGUGCCGCCACCCGGUGGCAGGAUAUGGCUGCACAUCCUUGCUUUGUUGCUGUUGAAAGCACUCGGUUCUUGGUGUCCAGCGCGUUGUUUGGGGAUAACUGCUGAUUGUUGGAGUUAUUAUUUUUUUUUUUAAUUUUUUUUUAAGCUGUUUUGAGUUGAUUGCAUAGCAUUGCACACAGCUUGCUAUGAAAACUAUUUAACUUAUUUAUUGUCUUGUGAAAAGUAUAGGCUACAUUGAUAACUGUCCAUAUCGUAUUUCUCGUAUGAUGAAAGCAAUAGAUAUAUAUUCUUUUAUUAUUAUGUCUAAAUUAUGAUUGCCAUUAUUAAUCUUCAGAAUGUGCAGUGUGUUCUUUUCACAGUAAUAUAUGAUUAUUUUGUAACUUCACUUGGUUAUUUUAUUGUAAAUGAGUAAAAAAAAAAAAAAAAAAAAAAAAAAAAAAGAAAUCUUAAUUUAAGUGACUAUGUAAUAUUUAUUUCAUUAACUUGUUUCCUUGUUUACGUAAAAACAUGUAAAGAUUGCCUGGUUUCUGUGUUCUUUAGAAGUCAGGUCUUUGUGCUGUGGAAGUAGCUAUUGUGGAUUUCUCUAGGCAUUUGUGUGUAGAACGAGGCAAAACAUGGUUGAUGGGCUAUCCAAAAAGACUGUUCUGUAAACUAACCUUGCGCUUUUUUUAAUAGUGGCAAAAACCCAGUUAAAGCAAAUUAACCAAAAAAGGUAUUUUUUUUUUUAUAUGAAAGCAUCGACCGACCCCCCCCCACUGUGAUUCAUACCGAAUGCCAGAGUGUAGCGAGAAGUGUUUCAUUAUUCUUAUACCAAGUGCCUUUAGAAGUCAAUAAACAUGCCUUAAACAGCAAUGGAACCAAAUCCAGUAUUUCUGCAUGGUGUUAAGCCAGUCGAGUUGAAUGUAGUGUGGGGUUACAUUGGUUUCCAGCAGGCUGUUACCACUGUUGAAUUACAAUUUUGAAUCUGGAAUAAAACUUUGUGCAGAAGUGGCAAAAUAUAAGGAGUUCCUUUUCUGUCCUUUUUAGUUUUGGUGUGUGUGUGGUGUUUUUUUUUUACACACCUGAAACAGAUUUUCUUUGUAAAAGGUCUGAAGCUUUCACAUGUUUUGCUGGACAGGGGAGAGAAUGAACACAUAGGGUUAGUGUUUGUACAUGCAGGUACCCAAGAGGAUGAGCACUAUGUACUUUUUUAAAUACAUUUUUUUUGACUACUUUAACAAGUACAUUUUUUUGAAUGUAACAGGAAAAAGCGGACAAACUGAUUUUUUUUUAGUUUUUUUUUGGUGGGGGGAGUCAGUUCACUACAAAUUGUGUGAGGCUGUAAACUUUGUACUGUACUUUUUUUGUUUUUUUUGUUUUUUUUGUAGUAGGUCUCCCAAUAAAAAUCAUUUUUUUGGAAGUUACAUUUUGUUUUGAGCAUGGCUGUUUGUUGAUGUGGAGCUGAGAGUGAGGGUUCAGUUAUGUAUCCAUUCAUUUCCAGAUGUGUUCGUUGUUUGGAUUUUAAUGUAGCAGGUGACAAAUCCACAAGUAGACAAGCCCCCCCACACACCACUGCUGCCCAGUCGUGGGGCUGUCUGUCUGCUAGAACGUGAAGCUUGAAAUGAGAGUGCUUACACAAGAGCAGUGUGUUGAAACAAUUGUAUGGUAGCUAUAUAACCAGUCUGCUGGGAUCGAAACUGAUAAUGCUGAAGUCUGAAUGUGUUGUAAAGCACCAGGCAGUAUCAGUCCACUUGGUUUUGAGUUUAAAGUGUUUUUCAAGUACUGCAUUCUUCAAAAGGAGAGCAGCACGAAGAUAACUCUUUGACCUAGUGCUCCAGGCAGGCAGAGAUCUCUGCAGAACGACUUCACGUCUUCAAGCAGUCUGCUGGCAGCCAGCCCAAGCCAAUACACAAUGCUGCACAUUCCAGAAGGUCCCAAGUCCAGUUGUACAUUAAAUAGCCUACUAUGGAGGGUAUUGCAACAGGAUUGAUUGAUUUGAUUUAUUUAUUUAUUUUGGAUUUUUUACUUCGUGGGGAGGUAUGGGAAAUUUCUGUCUGCAGUAUUUUCUUUUGAAAAAUAAGUGCCUUUUUUUUUUUUUUUUUUUUUUUUUUUGUUAAAUUAAAUAACAUGUCAUGUUUUAGAGAGGGGAUUCUUGUGUGGAGUAAUAAUUUAAUAAAUAAAUAAAUAUU